AUUUUUGGGGAAGUAGUUACUGCGAACUGUAUAGCUGAAGCUAACUUUACUCUUGUUCACACCACAUUGUAACACAUUUCUUUGGAAUGAAAAAAAAACAUCCGCAACAGACUCAGCCCAGUUCCUGAAGCAGCAUUAAACGGGGUGGGGAUAUCUGACUGUAUGACAGUAUUUCACUGCGCUGAGACGUGUGACAGCGUGUUCUGCCAGGUCUGCGUAAAACAUCCAUCUCUCCAGGAUGUUUUGGUUCAUGCAGGGUCUCUGCUUUCUGCCUGUGUUUUUGGUCAUCUGGUCCUCUAGCACUUUCAUUAUUUCCUACCUUAUUGCGCUUUUCAGACGUGAUGUCGACAUAAUCUUCCCAUACAUAAGUGACACAAGUGCACAACCCCCAGAGAGCUGCAUUUUUGGCCUUAUGACAUUCAUCUCUGCAUGUGCAGUAAUAGCCACCAUGUACGCCAGGUACAAAUAUGUGCAGAAGCUAAGCGAGGAAACGCAUGUGGUGAGCCCCUGUCUCAAUAGAAGUGCUCUUUAUGUUGGGAUGGUGUCCUGUUUGGGCAUGUGCAUUGUUGCAACCUUCCAGGAAAUAACAGUGACAUUCGCUCAUGAUAUAGGAGCUCUGCUUUUCUUCGUGUCGGGAAUCUCCUACAUUAUCCUACAAACUGUUGUAUCGUAUAAGGCUUAUCCAUAUGGGUGCUCCAGGAAGGUGAUCGGAGUACGCUUGUGUAUCUCCAUCAUUGCUACUUUAGCAUUUUUCCCCACUGUCGUCUGUGCAUAUUUUGUGAAACAAACCGAGCUGCACAGAGACCCUGACGACAAGGACUAUCCUUAUCAGUUAGCCAGCGCUGUGUGCGAGUGGACGGUUGCAUUCAGCUUCAUUUGCUUCUUCUUCACAUACAUUGACGAUUUCAAACUUUUUACUCUUCAGGUGAGGACAGUGAACGAGGGUUAGGUCCUGAUCCGUCUGCAGCUGCCAAACUUGAAACAAACACCAGCUUUUUUUUAGAUUCUGAAGAUGUGCUGCACUUAUUUUUGUAAAGAUUUUAAUCUCUUGUAUUAUUUUUUUUACACCGUUUUUACAACAUUUACGCUGAAAAAUGAUUUUUGUGAAUCAUACAGCCUGACUGAAUAUGUUGAUAGAUUAUAGCUGGUCCUUUUGACGUUCGUAUUUAUACAUACCUGUGAGUCAGGAGUGGUUUUAAAGAGGGGAAAAAAACUGACCACAGCCUGUAUCUUUAUAUUUUUUUAUACAAUCUGAAAUCAUUUAUAUAAGUGUCCUGAUUGGUGCCCGUGUUUUGUCACUUUGCACUUUGCCCUUGAUUGCCACACCAGCGUGUCAUUCUGUCAGACCUGUGACACCAAUAAGAGAAGUUCAUCACACAGGGAACACAUGACUAUCACACGUUUGAAUGGGGGAAAAAAAACAAUCAAACUGACACACGUGUUCUGUGUGUAAUUAUGAGAAAAUAUGAUCAGUGUCAAUGCAAGAUUCUUGGGGAAGCUGCCACUUCACUUAUCAGUGUUUUUAUAAUUUUAUAACAGCUUGACUUUUUGUAUCAGGCACAGAGUUUAGAUUUAAUUGCACUUACUGUAAACGUUUCCCAGUUGGAACAGAUACGGUUUCUUCUCAGGCUGCUACAUAGUUCAUCAGUGCAGCUCUUAUUAUUGUAUCUUGAAUGUGUCUACAGCCUGGAGCUCAUGCACUGAGAAUAAGGCUGCUACGUGGAUACGUUUGCUCAGGCAGAUUCAAUCACUUCAAUGUCAUAAACAGAAAUGGAGCUGUUUGUGAAUUAAAGAUGGAUUUUUUUUUAAUGCUGUUACGCAGACAAAUUCUCUGCUUCAGUUCAAUUUCUUUAUGCAAUACAAGCCCCAAAUGUGUGUUUGCCAUCCCUAGACAGGAUGUUGUUUUUAUUUGAAAGUCUUUCAGGAGCUUGAGGAAAAAAAACUGUAUUAUUGAUUCAGAAAAUGUUGAAAAAUAAAAACCCUGGGAAUUUGGGAACCUCUCGUCGAGGGCAUGAGACUAACAUAUGGUUUUUCCAAAGCCACAAUCCUGGGUUGUAAACUGUAAGAAGACAAAAUAGAGACACAGAUCAUAUUCAUGUUCACUACAGAUACUGUCUUCACAAAGGAGUUGAUGCUUCAUUCUAUUACUGUGUAUUGGUGUUCUGUGAAUGAAUGUACUAUACAAACAAAGGAGCACUGCUGAGCUACAAAAUAAAGAAACACUUUUUUUUUUUUUU